AUGAUAAAAUCACAAUUAGCUUUAGUACCAACUACUUCUCUUCAGCCUACACAAGUAUUAGAUGAAUAUAUGCCAGAAAGACCUCCAGAUGGGUAUGGUAUAAAUUCUAAAAGAUUUAUUCAUGCUAAUCUUAUAAAUCCAACUCCUUCAAUCAGUCAAAUUAUGGAAUCUCUAGUCAAUGAUCUUUAUAAAAAAUUGUCUGAUAUGUUUUCAGUAAAACUAGUGCAAUCGAAGAAUAAAGAUACCAGUACUGAUGAUAUAGAUGAAAUUACUAAAG